AUGUGCUAUGGGUGUGGAAAAGUGGGACACAGGCGGGAACAUUGCCCCUACAAGCCGAACAGCAUCGGAAUUACGGGCCCGAGCAGUCCUGGGGAAAAGCCGUCAGCUCGAACUCUGGUCGGGAGAUGUAAUGCUCUCCCUCCUAUACCGUGUACUGGGGAGCUUUUGACUACCCCUAAGCCUGGCCCUACAACGGCAUUUAUGGAUGGAGGUGACCCUCCCCCGACUAGUGGUAGUUCGGGCAGCAGUGGGCAUGGGGUGCCCCCCCCCCCCCCCCCCGUGCACCCCCCCCCCCCCCCGGCUUCGUCCAGUGCGGGUAUGGACCCCUGUGUGGGAGCCCGUGAUGAAGAGGUGGCGGUUGGACCCUGGAUUCAAGUCCCUCCUAGGCGUAGGAGGUCCUCCCGUGCCCCGGGCACGGCUGGUCAUAGCAGUAUCCCCAAGGCCAAGCCUAUUGCUACUAGGCAAGUUGAUCUGAGUAAGGUGAGCCUCCCUCAAAGCAAGGUACGGCCUACUCAAGUGCAGAAACGAAUGGGUUUUAAAAAACCGCUUCCUUUUACGGUUGGAAUACGAUCGGAUAAUUCCACGGUGAAUAGGUUCUCGUUUGACAAGGAGCUGAGCCUAUUCAAUUUGCCGGUGGAGCUUCCACGAAAGAGGAAAAAGGAGAUGGGGGACACAGAUGGCGGCGGGGAUGCUUCCCCUUCGGUUAUUUAA